AUGACGGGAGAUCACGAACACGGCCACAAUCCUCCCCAUUUGAAGCACAGUCAUGCUCAUGAGGAGGCAAUUCCUGGAACCGUCAACUUGCAAGCUCAAGAGGGCGAUGAUACCGGCUACGGACAAGCUCUGUUCCCUGUGCCAGCAGACGACCCCAACGAUCCCCUCCAAUGGGGCAACUUCAAGAAGACCAUGAUCCUAUGCAUCUGCGCGGCCUAUUCGUUUCUGGGAAACUCGUCGUUGCUCGGUCCUUCAGUCUACAUUGGCAUCUACGCGGAAUCGUUUGGGAUUGACCCCGGCACUGCUUCGAACCUGAUCUCAUAUCCCAAUUUGGCUUAUGGCUUUGGCUCUUUGCUCCUGGUCCCUGCCUAUCUCAAAUUUGGCCGACGGCCUAUCAUGCUGAUUUCCAUUAUCUUUUUUGCUGCUGGACUGAUUGGCUGUUCGCAAUCCAACACGUACGGCACUUUGAUGGCUUGCCGCAUCAUUCAUGCAUUUGGCUCUGGAGUGUGCGAGGCUCUCCCCGUGCAGCUUGUCAAUGACAUAUUCUUCCUGCAUGAGCGUGGUCAAAGGCUGGGCUACUACACCGUUUGCCUGUGCUUAGGCGCCACUGGACCUCUCUAUGCCGGCUACAUGCUUGCGGGCGGCUACUCGUGGCGGCUGUUCUUCUACGUCGAAUUCGCCUUCGCGUGUGCUCUCUUCAUCCUGGCCUUCUUCUUCGUCGAGGAGACCUGGUACAAGCGCGAAGAGAUGAAGAGAAGGCUCGGAGCCGCUGUCGAGGCUUCACCGACCGAGAAGGGCGUCGAGGCAGACCUGCACGAAGUUUCCAGCCCUCUACCGAACAGGAGGUCGUUCGUUUCCACACUCAAGCCAUGGGGCGUGUACGACCGCGAUGUUUCGUUCUUUAUGACUGCGGCCCGAUCCUUCACGUACUACGCCGUGCCAUCUGUGUUCUGGGUGGUCUCGACCUACGGCAUCUACAUUGGCCUGGGAGCUCUGGCGUUCAAUUACACUUUCCCCGCGAAGAUUGUUGCUCCGCCUUAUAACUGGAGUCAGACCAACUCCGGCUUGAUCGCCGUCGGCAACGCCGUGGGUUACAUCCUGGCGGUACCAUUCACGACGUCGUCGGACCGCCUGGCGGCGUAUCUGACGAAAAAGAACAACGGCAUCAGGGAGGCUGAAAUGCGGCUGGGCGUCCUCCUGCCCGCGAUGCUGAUCGGUCCUGCCGGGCUGAUCGUGUACGGGUACACGGCACAGGACAACUUGCACUGGAUGGGCUACUUCGCGGGUGUGGCCAUGUGCAACUGGUCGGCGUACUUUUACUUCACCUUCACGCUCGCCUAUGCAGUCGACAGCUACACGGCGAACCUCUCGGAAAUGCUGAUCGCCAUGAACCUGGGCAAGCAGGCCAUCUCGUUCGGGUUCGGGUUCAAGAUCCUCGACUGGAUCCUGCAGAGCGGCUACGUCAACAUCAUCGCCGGCGUCUUCUGCGGCGUCCUCAUGGCGAACGACCUCAUGCUGCUUGUCUUCAUGUUCUUCGGCAAGCGCAUCCGCAUCGCCACCUCCAAGACCUGGCUGGCCCAGAUGCAUCGCAGGACCCAUGUUGUAGGGGAGUCGCAUUAA